AGAAAAAACAAAAUAUCAUGUACCAAGGGUAGAAAACACGAAGAGAGAAACAAAGAGAAGGAAAAUUCAUUUCAUGAUUUAGUUCCUUCUCCAACGUCUGAACAAUCCUAUAAUGACUCCUCUUUAGAAGGUGUUGCAGCAAACUUUAAGUUAUUAUUGAAGUUAAUUCAAGACCAUAAAGAUGCUUCUAAUAAAGAUAACACAGAUGGCUUAAGAAUGUUGCGGGUGACAACUAUGAUGACAAUUCUUGAUAAUGUUAGGACACGAAUUAAGAAAUGUCAAUCUUUUGGUGAGAAGAGAUUAUCCGAAUCUAAACUAAGGCGGUGUUACACUGAUGUUAAGCUUACUAAUAAUGUUCGAAAGGAAAAGAAGCAGGAUGAGGCAAUGAUCGAUGAAAAAGAAAGAUUAAAGAGGCAGCUAAACGCAAGCUUGGCAGCAAGAAAGAGGCUUGAGGUCAUGUGUUGGAGCUUAGGGAAGGAAAAAGAAAUCAUGGCAGCGGAAUUAUCAAAAAAGGUUCAUGAAGUGAGUGAAAUGGAGGAUCUUAUUAACGAAUUAAAGGAGAAAAAUGAGUGUUUAGUAGAAAGAUUACAUGAAGGUAGUAAAGAAAAACAUGAAAUAAAGAUAGAAACAAAUAAGGCACUCUCUGAACAAUUGUUGAGGUCACUUGAUGGCUAUCGAUCGAUUAAGAGGAAAUGGAAAAAUGAACAUGAGAAAAACAUGACAAUGCAUGAAACUUUGGAGGAAAUGGGAGCUAAAAUUGAAUCUGGAAUUCACCUCUUCAGACAAAAGAUCACAUCUGUUGAGGAUAUUAUUGAAUUGGAGCAUGUGAUUGAAAGCUUAGAAAUGCAAGUUGCAAAACAUUUGUAAAAUGAAAAGGUAAUAUCUAUAUAUAGAACUCUAUAUAUAGAACUUAGUAGAUCCAUAGUCUAGAAUUUGUUAUUCCAUUAAGAUGGAAAAUGGAAAUCAACAAGUAUGACUUUUCUAUUUUAUGGAAAUAUAUAUUGUUAUAAUGAAACGAGGUAGCUAGUAUAUAUUUUGAACAAAUGACUAUCGUGUAGCAUUUGGAUAUUCAAUUUAUUUAUGUAAUAUGCAUAUUACAAGAAAAGUGUAAAUUACUUGACAAUUUUCAUGAAGAUUAUACAAAAGCCUCAAGUAAUUUA